UUCUCUGUCACACGAACGAAAACAGGCUCCCUCGCUGUCUCAUUCAUUCUUGUGGCGAUAGCUUUUUGGAGUUGCUCUGCUCAGAGGGAGGGACACACUAUUCACACCCUUUAACGUCCCAACAGUCUUUUCUCUUCUAAUAUUCUGUAACUGCUUUUAAUUUUCGAGGGGAGAAAUCCUCGUGCCAGGAAGCUUCUUAGACUCGUUAUAGAGCCAAUUUGAAGCCUCCAUUUACGUUUAUUAGCGACUCGACAGAAUUUUCAAAUUUUCAGAAAAAAAUUCCCUUAUGUAAUUGGGGGAAGUUGUUCUAAAGUUGGGAUAAGAAGAGGGCUUGGCCCAGGAGGCCAAGAAGGCUACUUCUGGGUAUUUGGGUCCAGAACUUGUUGCUGAUAUUUGGAAGGCUUGUUUGAAUAAAUCAACCAUGUUGAAACAAUCACCUAGUAGAAAUCAGAAGUCAAAAGGCUUCAAGGUGAAGCAUGCAAUACAGACAUGUCUUUUGCUUGCCAUUUGCAUUUGGUUGCUUUACCAAGUCAAACACUCCCAUGAAAGGAAGAAGGCAUCUGAGGAGAACUCCAGCAAGUUAUCUGAAAAAAAAAUGCAGAGUGGGCAUGAAAUCAUAAAACUUGGGAGGAAGGAGCUCCAUCCUCGAGAAGAGGAAACAGAAAGAAAAGAAGAGUUGGAACAAGUGAUAGAAGAGAUUAAACCAGAAGAAAGUGAGGAUGAAGGAAUGGGUGGUGGAGAUGAUGAAAUGGAUGGACAUCAGCAGGGGAGAGUCGAAGAGGAAGAAUCUGAGGAAGCAGAUGAUUUAAUCGAUGAAGAAGAUAGGGAAAGAGAGGGAGGAAGUGAAGAACUAGACGGUGAAGGGAAUGGGAACCAAAUUGAGGAUCUAAGCUUUUUUGAAGAUGAAGCGCAAAUUGAAGUUCAAAGGGAUACCCAGGAGGCAAGAGAGGAAAAUUACAAAGGUGAUGAUGCCUCCAGUGCUGUGGUGCAGAACACUCGAACUAUAAGCACCGAAAUUGGAGGUUUGAGAAAGGUGAAGGAGCAAGAAAUAGAGGAUACAGAGAAGAGUGAAGUAGAGCAGGACAAUGAAACUAGUGGCACACUAGAAGUUAAGGUCAAUAUAAAAGAUUCACGCUCAGAGGCGAGCAACAGGGAGAAGGUAGAAAAUGUCGCUUUUGGAGAUGCUCUUCAUGGUGAAAAAGGUUCUAAAUCUGGUUUAGCCAAUUCAGAGAUUGGCUCAAAUUCUUUUAUAUCACUAAAGGAGGAAAAUAUUGAACAAAAAGUGCACGGUGAUUCAACAUUGAGGCUGAUGCAAACCCCUGGAUCUUGGAAUGGAACAGAUAGAUUCAAUGAAUCAAUUCAGGUUAUGGAUAGUACCUCCAGUGCAAUCAAUAAGGAGAUGUCAGUAUUAAGUGGUUCUAAGUCUGUUGCACUCAAGGGGACUGCAAAAAUUGAUGCAUCUUCUUCGUCUGAUGAGAGGGCUGCCUCUAAAACCACUAAGGAAAGUGAGGGUACAGUUGAUAGAAAAACCGAAGAAGGGUCAGAAUCUCAGGCCGAAGAUGAGAAUGAAGAUGCUGCACAGAACGAGUCUUUUGAUUCUUUCUGAAUCCUCGUUCUAUAGUUAAGAUAGGGAUGUGGAUAAUAUUUUGGAGGCUUAGGCGGAUACCAGAAUAAUAUGAACAAUGGUGAAGAUGAUGCAGAAUGAUGGUUUUCAUUGUUCAAUGAAGACGUUGGAUUUUUCCCUUGGGCGUUUCUUAAUUCCAAUGAUAGACAUGUUCAGGGAGAUGAGCAAUUGUACAUGUUCUUCCUGUAUUUGCAUUAUGUUUACCGUUGAUUAGGUGUGCUAAUGAUGAAAACUGGCUCAAUUGAAGUGUUCUAGGAAAUCCUAGGAUUUCAAUAUGUAUAACUAGAUGAUGCAAUAUAUUAAUUAGAUUACAGUUGUGUUUGUGCCCAUGAAA